AUGGCUUCACAUGAUCAAUUCGCCAAGGCGCGAAAGGAGGGCAAGAUGGUGAGUCUAGAGUUCCAUCCACGAGUGCAAAGGACUCUGCGUUGACGGAGACAGUCUGCUAACAAGACAUGACGGCUAGGUCGGCUUCGUGAGUACCAAGAUCACACACCCUCACACCACGGGCAUCGACUUACACGCUACGAUCUAGAUCAACUAUCGCAUACGCGCCCAGAUGAAAGAUGGACGCUACAUUCUCGGAACCAUGCUCGCCUUCGACCCGGUAAUACAAGCAUAUACACACUCUCCACCACUAGCAUGUCAAGAGACUAAUAUCUGCAUAUCUUAGCACAUGAACCUCGUCCUCGCCGACAGCGAAGAAUACCGCACCGUCAAGCGCAAGGCCAAGCAGAGCGGCCCGCCCGGCUCAGCGCAGAACUCCGCCCAGUUCGUCGAAUCGCAGGAGAAACGUCCACUCGGCCUCGCCAUCAUUCGCGGCGACAAGGUCGCACACACCAACGUCGAGGGCCCGCCGCCUGCGGACCCGGCCUCUCGCCUCGGCACAAGCGCUCCAGGUGGAGGUCCGCCGACAUCUAUGCAAGCCGGCCCAGGUAUCGCGAAACCAGCGGGACGAGGCACGGGUAUUGGACUACAAGGCCCGGCGGCAGGCGUUGGAGGCCCCGGCUUCCCAGGCGCCGGGUUUCCGCCAGGCCCACCAGGUGCUUUCCCAGGUCGCGGCGGUCCUCCUGGUAUGCCGAUGCCACCGGGAAACUUCCCAGGUUCAGGCUUCCCCCCCGGUCCGCCGGGUGGACGCGGCUUCCCACCACCCGGUGGCCGCGGUAUGUAA